UGCUAUGUUCAAUUCUAGAAAAUUUGGUCAGUAGCAUGGAAUUGGCUGUCAAGCCGCGCAUCUCUGAUGUAGGAAAUUUCGCCGAUGUGCAACGGGUGAAAAUCUCGUUAGCGUCGAUCGGUAAAUUCCACAUUAAGCUUAACAAUCUAUUCCCCAACAACCCCGAGCUGAGUGAUGCAGCCCAUACGAUAUUUAAUGAGAAUUGGCGUGACCUCUACCAAGUGCUUCAACCAACAAUUCAGCAGACCUUAAAUGCGAUUAUACUGGAUCGUACGAAGAAGAUAUUAGGCUAUGUUCCGGCAACCUACUUUAUAAAAAAUUUUCACUAA